UAUUGGUCUAAAAAUCCCAUACGAGGGACUCCUUAUGGACAAAAGUCUCGCGGAGUGGAUUACUCGGAAGCGUCUGCAGCCACCCUAACGGCGGCGGCGGCGGCGAGAUUUCUUCGACAGGACAGCAUUCAAUAGAACAACAAACCCGGAAAGGUGUCCUAAUACUAGUAAUAGGCACUAGCCGAAAGCGAUGGAACCCGAAUCCGAUGACCCAAUUCCCAUAUCCGACUCCCAACAGCGACCUCCCCCUUCCGACCCGAUCGACGAUGGCUCCAGCUCCGCUAAACAUGACCAACCCCUCCUCGGAACCCCAACCCCUCCGCUGCCAGUCGCCGCCGCGGUCAUCAAGGAGCUCGAAAAGAAGUCCGCUGCUUAUGUCCGCCACGACCUCUACGGCCCGAUGGGCCGGGGCCCGCUGCCGUGGAUCGAGAAGCUUUUCCUCGCGAUCGCCUUCCUUACGAUCGUUCCCGUCCGUGUAAUUCUCGCCCUUACGUUACUGGUGCUCUAUUACUUGAUUUGUCGGGUUUGCACGCUGUUCUCGGCGCCGAACCGGGAGGAUGGACAGGAGCACUAUGGUUACAUGGGCGGGUGGAGAAGGGGCGUGAUUGUGCGCUCCGGCCGGUUCCUUUCCAGGGCCAUGCUAUUCGUUCUAGGGUUUUAUUGGAUUAAAGAGACCAAGCACAGUCCUGAUCCUGGCAGGCAGUUGAAUUCCGAGUGCAAUGAUCUAUCUGAGGAAUCUGGAAGACCCGGGGCUAUCAUAUCUAACCAUAUAUCUUAUUUGGACAUAUUAUAUCACAUGUCUUCCUCCUUUCCAAGCUUUGUGGCUAAGAGAUCAGUGGGUAAACUUCCUCUGGUUGGUCUCAUCAGCAAAUGCCUUGGUUGUGUUUAUGUUCAACGGGAGUCAAAAUCACCUGACUUCAGGGGUGUUUCUGGUGUUGUCAAUGAGCGGGUUCGAGAAGCUCAUCGGAAUAAGUUAGCUCCGAUGAUGAUGCUUUUUCCAGAGGGCACAACUACAAAUGGAGACUUCCUCCUUCCAUUCAAAACUGGUGCAUUCCUUGCAACAGCUCCAGUGCUCCCAUUGAUCUUAAGGUAUCCAUACCGGAGAUUUAGUCCUGCAUGGGACUCCAUAUCUGGGGUCCGCCAUGUAAUUUUUCUUCUCUGUCAAUUUGUAAAUUAUCUUGAGGUUAGGCAGUUACCUGUUUACCACCCCUCACAGCAGGAAAAGGACAAUCCCAAACUUUAUGCAGAUAAUGUCAGAAGGUUGAUGGCUCGGGAGGGUAAUCUGAUAUUGUCAGAUAUUGGUUUGGCAGAGAAACGAAUAUAUCAUGCUGCUCUCAAUGGUAAUAAUAGCCUGCAUAGUGUUUUGCAUCAGAAAGACGAAUGAUAGUUUCUCAUGGCCUCGCUCUCGAAAGAUAUCUAGUCCAAGUUGGGUUUCCAGGACCCCUGGGUACUUCCUUUGGAAUACGAGUGAGGGGCUGUUAUCUCCGCCUACUGAAACAAAUCAAACAUUGUUGUGCUGUUAGAUUCAUGAUAAUCUAUAAUCCUUAAUCAUCUCCAAAAAAACAUGUUCCUCUUUAACCUCCUCUUUUGUUGAAUGACAAAGAGCUCCCAUGAUUUUAUAUUUUAUGCAUGCUCGACAUGCUUGACUUGUUAA